AUGCGCCGGUCUAAACGCCGAAGUGGCCAUGUUCUCCUCCGUUCCACAGACCUGGUGUGGCCUAUUCAGCUCAGCUUGAUGCUGUUGACACCCUGUCUGCACUCCCCCUCCACAGAAGUUGUAGCAAUUUCCCUCCUCAGUCUUUGUAUUUGGAAUGUUCUACAGAAUUUCGCGGACAAUCUAGUCAGCAUCGUUGAUUAG